AAGCCUAUUAUUAGGGCUCUUUAUCCUCUAAGUGUAAAAUCUGUCGUCCCAUGUUUUCAGGAAUGAGUCAUGUGGCACUGGGAAAUACGGUGGACCUGGACGAGCAGUUGGCUGGUCUAGACCUGAAUGCUUCUGGUACUCAGUCUGCAGGAGGAAGCACUGCAAGCAAAGGGCGCUAUAUACCUCCUCACUUGCGGAAUAGAGAAGCUUCUAAAGGGUUUUAUGAUAAGGACAGUUCAGGCUGGAGUUCUUCUAAAGAUAAGGAUGCAUACAGCAGUUUUGGGUCUCGUGAUUCAAGAGGAAAGUCCAGUUACUUCAGUGACCGUGGAAGUGGAUCAAGGGGAAGAUUUGAAGAUCGUGGACGGAGUGACUAUGAUGGUAUUGGCAGCCGUGGUGAUAGAACUGGCUUUGGCAAAUUUGAACGCAGUGGCCACAGUCGUUGGUGUGACAAAUCAGAUGAUGAUGAUUGGUCAAAACCACUUCCACCAAGUGAACGCUUAGAACAGGAACUGUUUUCUGGAGGAAACACUGGAAUAAACUUUGAGAAGUAUGAUGAUAUACCAGUAGAAGCGACCGGCAAUAACUGUCCUCCACAUAUAGAAAGUUUCAGUGAUGUUGAAAUGGGAGAGAUUAUCAUGGGGAAUAUUGAGCUUACCCGUUACUCUCGUCCUACUCCAGUGCAAAAACAUGCCAUUCCCAUUAUCAAAGAAAAAAGAGAUUUAAUGGCUUGUGCCCAAACAGGGUCUGGAAAAACUGCAGCAUUUCUUCUGCCUAUUCUGAGUCAGAUAUAUACAGAUGGUCCAGGUGAAGCUCUAAAGGCUGUGAAGGAAAAUGGAAGAUAUGGACGUCGUAAACAAUACCCGAUAUCUUUGGUUUUAGCACCAACAAGAGAAUUGGCAGUACAGAUCUAUGAGGAAGCCAGAAAAUUUUCAUACCGAUCUAGAGUUCGCCCUUGCGUGGUUUAUGGUGGUGCAGAUAUUGGUCAGCAGAUUCGAGAUUUGGAACGUGGAUGCCACUUAUUAGUAGCCACUCCAGGACGUCUGGUGGACAUGAUGGAAAGAGGAAAAAUUGGGCUAGAUUUCUGCAAGUAUUUAGUGUUGGAUGAAGCUGACCGAAUGCUGGAUAUGGGAUUUGAACCUCAGAUCCGUCGUAUAGUUGAACAAGAUACUAUGCCACCAAAAGGUGUUCGUCACACCAUGAUGUUUAGUGCUACUUUUCCUAAGGAAAUACAGAUGCUUGCCCGUGACUUCUUGGAUGAAUAUAUCUUUUUGGCUGUAGGUCGAGUUGGUUCUACUUCUGAGAACAUCACGCAGAAAGUAGUUUGGGUGGAAGAGUCAGAUAAACGAUCCUUUCUACUUGAUCUCUUAAAUGCAACAGGGAAGGAAUCAUUAACUUUAGUGUUCGUGGAGACCAAAAAAGGUGCCGAUUCUCUGGAGGACUUUUUAUACCAUGAAGGAUAUGCUUGUACCAGCAUUCAUGGAGAUCGAUCUCAGAGAGAUCGGGAGGAAGCCCUUCACCAAUUCCGCUCUGGGAAAAGUCCAAUUCUAGUAGCUACAGCUGUGGCUGCAAGAGGGCUAGACAUUUCCAAUGUGAAACAUGUUAUCAAUUUUGAUUUGCCAAGUGAUAUUGAAGAGUAUGUACAUCGUAUAGGCCGUACAGGACGUGUAGGAAAUCUUGGCCUUGCUACCUCUUUCUUCAAUGAACGAAAUGCAAAUAUCACAAAGGAUUUGUUGGAUCUGCUUGUUGAAGCUAAACAAGAAGUUCCAUCUUGGUUGGAAAAUAUGGCUUAUGAACACCACUACAAAGGUGGUAGUCGUGGACGUUCCAAGAGAUUCAGUGGAGGGUUUGGUGCCAGAGACUAUCGUCAAAGUAGUUCCAGCAGUUCUGGCUUCGGUAGUCGUACAGGCAGCAACCGGAGCAGUGGAAGUGGUCACAGCAGCAACAGAGGGUACGGCGGAGGUGCCUAUGGAGGCUUCUACACUAGUGAUGGAUACGGAGGAAAUUAUAGCUCACAAGGAGUUGACUGGUGGGGCAACUGAAAAUCCUUUGCAGUAAAGUCAAACAAGCUAAUGUGUACCUUUAGCCAGACUGUGUUGUAUAGCUUCAAGAACAUAGCAGUAUGUUACCAGUUGAUUCUCGUGAAAAUGCAAGAGAGCUCACAAGUCACAAAGAAGAAAUGAACAAUCAGCAGCCCUGUUAAGAAAUUUGAAGACUUAAUUGCUAUCAUUUGGAUAACUCCUCUCCUGCUUUGUUCAAUCCCAAACUGCAUUUGUAACUGUGACUGAGGAUCAUUUGUUAGUAUUCUGUGACUUUUAACUUUAGUCAAUGUUUUGAUACCUGUUGGCUCAAUAAUACUCAAGGUAACAGUUGUUUGACAAAAUAAAUUUACUGAAUUGAGCUACCAUCAACCUUGGCACACAAGUGUUAUGAUACAACUUUAGUGAUUAUUUUUCCACAAAUAGAAAAAAAUAUGAUGUCUUUCUUUUGAUCCUGGAAGUCGAGUUAAAAACAACUUAAAAAUAAGUAAUUUUCAGUAUGGCCAGCUGUAUUAAGUUAAAGUUCUGAUUUGCUCACUCUAUCCUUAAAAGGAGUUUAGAACCUCCAUCUAGUUAAGCCAUUUCAAUGGUGAAGAGAUAGGAUGUAAGAAUACACCCAAAACAUUUUUGAAACCAUUCUUCAAAGUUAAUACAAAUAUCGACAGUAAUUUUUCAUUUGAUAUUUGCGCAGGGUAUUCUAGGAUACACAAAUAUGGGCGCAUUGUUACAGAGAAAAUUUAGAGUUCUAUUGUCUUAAUUUCGCAAACAUUUAAAUUUUUAAUGCCUACCAUAAUAAAAUGAAAGUGUUAGGCUGGCUGACACUGUUAGUCAACAAAUCUUACUGCAGAUUGGGUUCAAUUUUGAUCUUCAGGGCAUGCUAGCUGUUAAUGUUUUUUGGUCAAGAGGGUUUGAGCAGGAAGGGCUAUGCAGCAGGCUUUGAGUUAAUUUGGAUUCACAUUGCAUUGUAGAGCUGCAUUAAAAAGUUAAAAUGGCUUACAUUUGCAAAUUUUUGUAAAUUUCAAAAGUAAAUAAAUCCUUGCAAUCACACAGGUCGGAAAUACAUGCUAAGCUGCAAAGGGAAUCAAUUUGAUAUUUUUAAAGAUAAUAUUUAAGGCAGUAUUUUAGUUGAGUAGGUUUCCAUUGAAUUUGUAGUCCUUGUACUAAAUUUGGCCAAAGAUGAUUGUCCAUUACUGAAAAUGCCUCUGCUGCUUGGAGUUCUGUGCUUUUUGGGCCAGAAUACAGUUUUAAAAAAAAUGUGUUUUACAGUAAGCAUAAAAACUGGCAGGAAUUCUUGAAGUGCAAUAUAUUUUCAAGUGUGUUGUGCCUUGUUCUAAAACUUUAAUAAAGUAGGUGCAGUUGACCACUUGACAGUUUUAAGGUCAUUUGUUAUGGUGCUAUUUAAAUUAGUAUAGAUUAGACACCUGGACAUUUUGCCCAUAACUUUUUACAAAGUACCUAUUUUAUUGCACAUUCAGAAAAUUUAUAUAUGUAUGUGCAUGUUUGUCUUAUGUGUAAGUUUUUCAAUUUCAAAUAUUUGUCUCUUGGAAAUGCAGCUUGUUAAGUUUCAUCUGGGACCAUUGCUUGUUGAAAAUUUUUUGCACAUGGCAGAUUUUGGUAGAUAUUUUUUUGCUUGUGUAAUAUUUAUUGAGCCUUUUGAAAGAUAUUUAUUUUUAUUUUUGUAAGCCUAAAAAUGAUUCUUAGAAAGUUUAAUGAAACUUGACCAAAAGUACACAAACACUGGCACUUGAAUGUUGAUUGUCACCAUAUGUGAAAAAAUUUAUUGUGGGGUAGUGUGAGCUUUUAAUGUCAAGUCCUAUUAAACUUGAGUCAAAUUAAGCAGACCCAAAAUUGGCAGCAUAGCUACAAUUUCGUGAUAAAAUUUAGAGCAAAAUUAGCAGUGUGAAACUAAAGCAUGCCAAGGUUAUGAUAACACUUCUGAAAGCAGAUAGGAAUAAUCCAAAUUCUCAAAGGUUCUCAGAUUUUAUUUAGAUAAUGUGUUUUGUUGUGUUUGAUUUCUUUAACUGUCUGGCAUUUGCAGUUCUCAAACAUGCUUGUUUUUCUGUAUUGCCAUGCUCAGUGACUUCUGCAUUCAGUUUAAUUACUCAGCAAUACUUGGAGUAAAAAAUAAAAGUGGAUUUAGUUUGCUGAAUGGAACCUGAAGUCACUGCUUAGUAAUUGCCUAUUGUAUUGUGUUAGAUGGUAGCACUGCAUGUGCUGCUCUUUGUUCUGAUUUUACUUAAAUAAAAAGUUAAAGUCUU